AAUUUGUUCAUAUUAAAAGUGAUAGCAAUAGUGCAAAUACUGAUUAUAAACCUUCUGUUAACUAUGAAUCUGAUAAUAAUUAUGGAUCUGUCGAUGAUUAUGAAUCUGUUAAUAAUUAUGAAUCUAGCUUUAAGAAGUCAGAGAAAGAAAUUCUAAUCAUCGAUUUAACAAAACCAAAUUCAUAUUUACCUUUUGAUGAUUAUGUGUUUAAAGUAGCUAAUCAUAAUAAUAUAAAUUCUAAUGAUGCUGAUAAUAUAUUACCGAUUAAUUUAAUUACUAAAAAUUUAAGAGUCGGUAAAAUUAGAUACUCUACUUUGCCAAUGGAAUAUCUACCUACUUCAGAACAAGGCAUUGCAAUUGUAUUUAAUAUAGGAUCUUGGGAAUUAUAUAAUAUACAGUAUCAAAGAGGUCACCUUAGUGGAGGUGGUAAUAUAAAAGUUGUUAAUAUGGAUACUGAUUUUUAUCAAGAAGAAAAUCUGGCUUUAAAUGAUCAAAAGUCUAAAGAAAUGCAAACAUAUACAAAUAUUAAAAAUAGCCAUUAUUCUUCUAAAAACAAAGAACUUAUAUAUGAAUUACUUGAAGCAAGUACAUAUAAUCAUGUUGAUAAAAUAUUUGAAGAAUUAAAAACAUCUAAUGAAUUAAAUAUUAAUAAUUGGAUCUCAUUCUAUAAUACUACAUGGGUAAAGGCUUCUUUAAACCCAUUAUUUUCAUUUAUGGAUAUGGAGAUAUGGCUUAAAGCACCUGAUAAUAUGAAUCAUUAUGAACAUUAUUUUGCUAUGUGCAAUAUUCAAGACAAAUAUGGAAUUAAUAAAUCAGGAAAAAAUUAUGAUGUGAUUGCACGUGAAAAACAAACAAUUAAAAGAUCAGUUCAUAAAUCUCAAAAAACUAAACGACGUAUUAAUAAACCAACAAAAGCAUCAAAGAAACCAAAAGUUGAUAUCGAUUCAAUUCAGAAUACAAAAAAUGAUUUAGAGAUACAAGAAAAACAAUUGUCAAUAAAGGAGUGUGAAUUAGAAUUGGAAGAACGUCAGGUUCGUUUAGAACGUGAAAAGCUUGAAAUAAUAAAAUUAAAAAAAGAAUUAGGAUGUGAAUAA